GAUACUGUCCACUUGCGGACUGCCGCCGAGAGGGGAGAUGAGGAACACAUGCGCUGAGGAAGUCGGCGGGAUCUGCGAAUGGAAGAUCCAGAGAACAUGCGCAGAACAGCUUCCAAAGCCCUGCACGUGGGCUAAUGAGAACUCCGGCAGGUUUUCAUUUGGAUGGCCUACACCUGAAGUCAGCAUGAGACCUGGGAUCCCAGCACCUCCUCUCAGGACCCGUAUGUAGAAGUUCUCACAGGUUUCCUCGAGAGAUUUGGACAGCACAGAAGUUCUUUCUUUGAGAGAAGAAUUUGGAGUCUAACUCCAGAGGAAGAGUUCUAUCUUGGAUGGCGGUAUAUCUGUUCAGAGAGCCUGAAGAGGAUUGAUGAGAAGCUUUGUUCACAUUGACAGGACCAUGGUCAGAAAGCCUGUUGUGGCCACCAUCUCCAAAGGAGGUUACCUGCAGGGAAAUGCCCAGGGGGGGCUGCCCUCCAUGGGUGGCAGGGAGCCACCAGCCACGGGGCAGGAGAGAGUAGUGCUGAAGAAGAAAAUCACUCUGCUGAGGGGAGUCUCCAUCAUCAUUGGCACCAUCAUUGGAGCGGGGAUCUUCAUCUCUCCGAAGGGCGUGCUCCAGAACACAGGCAGCGUGGGCAUGUCUCUGACCGUCUGGACCGUCUGUGGGAUCCUGUCACUGUUUGGAGCCUUGUCUUAUGCUGAAUUGGGAACAAGCAUAAAGAAAUCUGGUGGUCAUUACACAUAUAUCCUGGAAGUCUUUGGCCCAUUACUAGCCUUUGUACGAGUCUGGGUGGAAUUGCUCAUAAUACGUCCUGCAGCUACUGCUGUGAUAUCCCUGGCAUUUGGACGUUAUAUUCUGGAGCCAUUUUUUAUGCCAUGUGAAAUUCCUGAACUUGCAAUCAAGCUCAUCACAGCUGUGGGCAUAACUCUGGUGAUGGUCCUAAAUAGCAUGAGUGUCAGCUGGAGUGCGCGGAUUCAGAUUUUCCUAACCUUUUGCAAGCUCACAGCGAUUCUGAUAAUUAUAGUCCCUGGAGUUAUACAACUAAUUAAAGGGCAAACACAGCAUUUUAAAGACGCCUUUUCUGGAAAAGAUGCGAGUAUUAUGGGGUUACCACUGGCUUUUUAUUAUGGAAUGUAUGCAUAUGCUGGUUGGUUUUACCUCAAUUUUGUUACGGAAGAAGUCGAAAACCCUGAAAAAACCAUCCCCCUUGCAAUCUGUAUAUCCAUGGUUAUUGUCACUGUUGGCUAUGUGCUGACAAAUGUGGCCUACUUUACAACCAUUAGCGCCGAGGAGCUGUUGCUUUCAAACGCAGUGGCAGUGACGUUUUCUGAGCGGCUACUGGGAAAUUUCUCAUUAGCAGUUCCGAUCUUUGUUGCCCUCUCCUGCUUUGGUUCUAUGAAUGGUGGUGUGUUUGCUGUCUCCAGGUUAUUCUAUGUUGCGUCUCGAGAGGGUCACCUUCCAGAAAUCCUCUCCAUGAUUCAUGUCCGCAAGCACACUCCUCUACCAGCUGUUAUUGUUUUGCAUCCUCUGACAAUGAUAAUGCUCUUCUCCGGAGACCUCUACAGUCUUUUGAAUUUCCUCAGUUUUGCCAGGUGGUUUUUUAUUGGGUUGGCAGUUGCUGGGCUGAUUUAUCUUCGAUACAAACGCCCAGAUAUGCAUCGUCCUUUCAAGGUGCCCCUCUUCAUCCCAGCGCUGUUUUCCUUCACGUGCUUCUUCAUGGUGGCCCUUUCCCUUUAUUCCGACCCAUUCAGUACUGGGAUUGGCUUUGUCAUCACUCUGACUGGGGUCCCUGCCUACUAUCUCUUCGUUAUAUGGGACAAGAAACCCAACUGGUUUAGAAGACUGUCAGACAAGAUAACCAGAACAUUACAGAUAAUACUGGAAGUUGUACCAGAAGAAGAUUGUCAUAAAUUAUAAGCUAAUUUUGGCAGUCUGCUCAAGCACAAAAAUACAACAUGGAUUCGUUACUCCAUUUUCUGCAAAUCCAGAGAAUUGCAACUUUGGUGACAGACUAAAGGAAUCGCUUAUUUCUCCUAGUGUAGUCACACUAAUAUCUGAGAAAUUUAGUGAUAAUAUUAUGUUUGUGUAGAAAGCUGAUAGGUAAAUUGUACCAUAAAUUUAUAUGGUUCUUGAGUCUCUAAUACCCACCUGUUGAGGUUAGAGAAAAAGACUAACAAGAUAGUCUAAUUGAGUGGUCAUUCUCUACAGUGUAUCUUACAGCAAAGAACGUUCCGAUCAAAGGCUGAGGUCUUUUCUGUUUAUAUGGGUUUUGUAAACAUGUUUUGGAUACUGUAGAUGAUUAAACUGUGAAAAAUGUUUUCUAUACUUCUGGAAAAAUAACGUGUCAUUAUUAUGACAAACAGGAAAGAAAUUUUACAUUGGCUUUGUUGGUACUGACUGCAUUGCUUCCCCUUGGGUAUCACUGUUUAAUGCAUUAUGCAGAGAGCAUUUGAACAAAAGGUAAAGUUUUUACCUAAUUCUCUUGAGUAUAUAUAAGGAGAACUUCUAGGGGCUAUUAUUUACAAAGUAAAUCCACAAAUUGUGUCAUUAAAAUCCUUGACAAUGUAUGUUAGAGAUUUUCUCACACAUUAUCAGACAGUACCCCUGUUAAGGUGCCGUGCUGUUUUCAUGCCAGUUCAUUUUAUUAGAUAGCUGUGUCCAACUUGGUAUGAAAAUUAAGAACCACCAUCUCUUUCACUAAUAACUUGCCCCUUGGGAAAUAUAUAUAUAUGGAUGUAUCCAUUUUAAAUCUUCAAAUUCCAGUACUAAGGUGACAGAAAUUGCCAAUAAAGAAAUUACUCAAAAUAUCCAGACCAACCUUAUAUGUCUAUAUGCAAUGUGAAUAAUUCUGAAUAUUUAAAAAAGUUCCAUGGUUAUUUUCACAUGAUGGUGAAUUUCGACAGUUUGUGAAUUUCCUGUAUACAUUUUUAUUCUGUGAAAAUAUCUCUCCAGAUAAAACUGUCCAGAUCAAUUAGGAAAAGGCAUAUAUUUUUGCAGAAACUGAGCAAGAAAUAUCACUGCUAAAUAGGAUUUGAAACUGAUGUCUCUAAAAAAACUCUACUUCUAAAUCUAGGCUUUGUCAGUAAUUCUUUUCUUUAAUUAUCAUUAAUUUGCAAAAGAGAUAACUGAUAAGUUUACUGAAAAAAAGGGGAAACUGCAUGAGUGUGUGUCAGACAGGGGUUAUUAUGCCACAAUUUGGAAAUAUUGCAGAAUUUUCGAAUGAGAGUAAUAUAAUGAUGGAAAAUUUAAUUAUUAUUUAUAUACCUCUAAGAUUAAAUGGUCAGUCGUGUCUAAAAUGUGUUUCAUCCCUUAAUUUUGUCCAUUUUCAGCUAAGAAAAUUUUGAAGAAUUACACUGAUUAAAGCCAUUAGGAAUAGAAUUAGAGUAUAUAGACCAGUUGUGCAAAGCAGCAAUGAUGAUUUAUAAUUUGGAGCAAUUCCACUUUACUAAUAACAUUUAAUAUACAUGCAAGAUUGGUUUUUUCCAAACCAAAUGCCUAAGUCUCUUAAGUAAAUUCAUUACAAUACUGUUUAUUUGUAACAUCAAGUUUUCAAAUUUUGAUCUGUAGUACCUAUUUCUGAUUUGCUUUUUCGAUUUGUCCAUAUCUCUCCCUAUUAUCUCUUUCUAUUUGUAAAAUUCUUUUAUGCAUCUAUUUUUGUACUGUCUAGGCUCAUAAAAUCUAAAUAAGCAGAUUCUUCUUGAACUUUUUCUUGCCUAGUGAAAGAUAUGGUAAUUUAUGGAAAGGUUUGUGCAGCUUGGUUAUUUCUGACAUUGAUGUGCUUACAAUGAAAGCACAUUGGUCUCGGCAUUUAUGUUAUUAUGCAUCUUUAAAGUAGCACUGUACAGGCUAACUAGAAUACACACUCAUUCUUUCUUUUAUUUUCAAAAAUGAAUUUUGGCUUAUUAAAUUUCUAAUGGCAUUGAAAUUUUAACCAGGCAAAAAAAUGAUGAUGAUGAUGACGAUGCUUUGGUUUUUUGA